CAUUAGUUCAUUGUUCUCUUAGCAGUGUAAGAGCAAGGUGUACUUUGUUUUAUUAAAAUGGAAACAGUUACAAACGGUAGUCUACAUUACAUAAAGGACGAAGACGUUAAGUUGAUUAUUGCAAAAUAUGGAUAUAGUUCUGAUGAAGUUUGUAUAGACAACUUCGUUACACAUAAUGCUUGUAACAACAUGUUGGGCUUCUUGGCCGACUAUUGGAGACUGAAAGUGAACAUAAUCCUCAAAAAUGGCCACAAGGAAACUCUGUCUUUCUUUAUUAAAGCUGUGUCGAGAACAAAUGCUGCUAAAGCCGUUAUGGUCAGAGAGUUGAAGUUAUUUCAGAAGGAAACCUUUUUCUAUAACGUUCUUAAAGACAGGAUGGAAGUCUCGGGUUUGAAGCCGUGGUGUGCUAGAUUUAUAACUUCCUUGGACGAAGCUAUUGUGCUUGAAGAUUUAAGUGCAUUACAAUAUCGAUCACGAGACAAAUUUCUAAGAUUCGACAUUCAUCACACAUUACAAGCGUUGGAAACGUUAGCACGAUUUCAUGCUUCUUCAAUAAUAUUGGAGGAGAAAAAAACUAAAAUACUCGGCCGACCUUACGUUAUCCAGGAAGAGUACGAGCAGUUCUUGGAUAGAGGUGGUUAUAAGGAGGAUGACACUUGGUUUCAACAGUGCCGAGUUGGAGCGUUAGAAGCCCUCAAAACUUUCUCCAAACACAGUGCAAACGAAGACAAUAUAAAACUUAUUGAAAGCCGUUGGAACAAAGUAUGGUGCUCAGCGUUAUCUCUCAGCGAUUUCUCUCCUAAACAUCGAAAUGUGAUUUGCCAUCGUGAUUUAUGGAACAAUAAUAUUUUGUUCAGAUAUAAGAAAGAUAGAGAUGGUCUUAUACCCGACGAUUGCGUUUUGGUCGACUUCCAAGCUGUCCGAUGCCAGCCCCCAGCGGGUGACGUCAUGCUUCUUCUAUACAGCAAUUUGGACUCAAAACUCCGCGAAGAGAACAUGCAAUUGUUUCUGAAUCAUUACUAUAUUGAACUUAAAUUAUGCCUCGCAAGUUCGGACUUGGACUUUGAAGAUAUUAUACCCAAAGCUCAGUUUUUGGAGUCAGCUGAAGAGCAAAGACUAUGGGCGAACAUCGUAAAUGCUUGCUUACUGCCGCUGUUUUGGAUUAAUGACGAUUUGACGACCGAAAUUUUCACUGAUGCAGCUCAGUUUAAUGAUAUCCUCACAAAUGAUAAAGGUGCGUUCAUUAAGAAAAUGAUGGAGACGAAUCAGGACUAUAAGGAAAAGGUCACGGAGAUGCUAGAUGAGAUAGUUGAAAGAUACUGUUUGAAAGACUGUGAUUAAAGUAAAAUUAUGUUUUUAUUAAUAUUUCAUAUCACAACAAAGAACUACAAUCAGAAAAACCAUGACAGGACAUGGCGUGCGAUAAGAAUCAAACGUUUAUUAUUUGUUUUACGAAUAGUGCACGAACCUAAAAUCUAAACAACUUUUGGUAAUUAUCAUUAACAAACGAAUGUUUUUACGUGUUAAUUUGCUCGAUUUUCUCCUGUUGUGUCUUUGUCUUGUAACUCCAGUCGAGAUUCGGAACGAAUUUGUUGUCCUCAAGCUUCCUUGUGCCAAACUUUCUGUACCAGGGAUCGUCGUUGCGUUGGCUGUACACAUCGCAAAACGGUCUAAACAGCAAAAUGUAGAAUAACUCUACAAAGCUCAGAAUACUUGCGCCCAAGAAAAGACCCCAUGUGCCUCCUGUAGAUACUGAAAUAUCAAAUAAAUUUUCAAAAUUA